AGCAGAAACCACAAUUACUUCCUCAAGGCAGAAGCCUAAGCUCAGAACCAAUUCACCCUGUGGUUCAUCAGCCCCUGAAGCCAUGGGGAGCAAUCAGGACUUCCGAAACCUCCAAGCUAAGUUCCAGGCCUCUCAGCCAGAACUUGGAGAACCGUUCAGAAAAACCCCAAAACCUGAGUUCAACAAACUCCUGAAGAAGUUUCCACAGACUGAGUUAAGUGAGCAGCCCAAGAAGUCCUCACAGUCUGAGCUCAGUGUAGUAUCCUUGAAGCCACUGCAGCUGCAGUCUGUAGACCUCCCCAAGAAGCCCCCACAACCCGAAGUUCUUAAAAAGUUGCCACAGCUUGAGUUCACUGAUCUAGCCAAGAAGCCUGUACAAGCUGAACUCCCAAGGAAGCUUCUGCAUCCAGAGUUCACUGGUCUCAAAAAGCCUUCCCAGGCUGAGUUUGUAGACCUCAAGAAGCCACCACACCCCCAGUUUGCCAGCCUCCCAAAGCCCCCACAGCCUGAAUUCCCUAAUCUCCCCAAGAAGCUCCCCAAACCUGAGUUUGGAGAGCCUUCCAAGAGAUCUCCACAGCUUGAGACACCCCAGGAGCCUAGUAUACCUGCCCAGAAGCCCCUGAAGCCUGAGCUCAACAAUCCUGCUAGGCCUCUAGGAGACCUCAAACCCAAGAAGUUUUGGCAGCUUGAGUCCAAUGAGGCCCCUCUGAGGCCCUUGCCAUCUGAGUUCAGUACCUUUCCCAAGAAGCCACAGCAGCUUGAGGCUGUUGGUUUCUCUAGGAAGUCCCUGACACAGUCAGAGUCCAUCGAAGUUCCUCAGACAUCACCCUCUAAGCGUGGGUCCAGUGAGUUUUACUCCCACCUCCCACAGCCUGACAUCAGUACCUUUCCUAAGAGCAGUGUGAAGUCUGAGUUCAAUGAGAACUUUAGGAAGCCUCUAUAUCCUCAAGCCACUGGUUGCCCCAAGUCCCCAAAGCAGCCCAUGUUCUAUGAGGUCCCCCAGACACCCCCCUGGAAGUCUGAGUCAUGUAACCCCCAGUCUCACUCCCCGCUGCCAGACUUCAAUGCAUUCCCCAAGAAGCAUCCACAGCUCCAGCCAAGUGACCUUACCAGGACAUCCUCGGAGCCUGAAGUCUGCAAGGUUCCCAAGAAGACUCAGCAGCCAGACCCCAAUGUGCUUUCUAAAAAGCCCUCACAGUCAGAAUUGGGUCACCUCCCUAGAACAUCCUCAGAGCCCGAGUUCAGCUCGCUCCCGAGGAAGUUUCUACAGCCUCAACACGGAAAGUUCUUCCAGCCUGAGUUCCCCAAGGGUCUGCCUAGAAAGCCCAAGCUUCCUGGUUCUGUGUCUGAAUGUUCCCUGCCCUCUGCUAUUGCGGGCUCCAACUCCCAGCUCCCUCUCAGCCCUGGGCUUAGAGUCCCUGGGAAACCCUGCUGGAGAUCAGAAGACUUCCAAGUCCAGCAGCCACCCCGACGGCGGCCCCUGCCCUCAGCCAGCAGCCUGGGACUCCCCCCAGCCAAGCCCCCACUACCACCUGUCCCCAUCAAUAUCCAAAACUUCAGGAGAGCCCCAGCAACAGCCACAGCUGUACUGAAGACACGCUCUUCUACUGGGAACCACUUCCAAGCCCAACAACCUCAACAUAAUGCACAGAACCCAGAUGAGAUCUAUGAACUGUAUGAUGCUGUGGAGGCCACAGAUGACUCUAGUCUCACCCCCGGAGGCAGAGAUGAACUGCAGUCUACCCAGCAAGCCACCAGAUGGCCUCAACAGGAGCCAGAGCUCAGGAAGGCCACUCAGCCACAGCAGCUGCCAGCCACAGACCCCAAGCUGCUGAAACAGAUCAGGAAGGCAGAAAAAGCUGAAAGAGAGUUUAGAAAGAAGUUCAAGUUUGAAGGUGAAAUUGUGAUUCACACAAAGAUGAUGAUUGACCCCAAUGCCAAGACCCGUCGCGGGGGUGGCAAGCACCUGGGCAUCCGGCGUGGAGAGAUCCUAGAGGUGAUUGAGUUCACUAGCAAGGAUGAGAUGCUUUGCCGGGACCCCAAGGGCAAGUAUGGCUAUGUGCCCAGAACUGCAUUGUUGCCCUUGGAAACUGAAGUAUAUGAUGAUGUCAGCUUCGGGGACCCUCUGGACAUGCAACCAUUUCCUCAGUGACAGCAUGGCAGAUAAGUGGAUUCCAGGACCAACAGUCCAGCCACUGCUCAUUCAGGAGCCCUGGAUCCCAGCCUGGCAACCAGACACCCAAAGGCAUGUGCUUAUAUAAAACUCCUCUUU